CACGGACACUCGGGCACUAUACCCUCCUUAGGCAAUCUAGCCAUCCAUUUGUUAUGUCAACAUGUUCUUCCUAGACCUAAGUCUGCAGUGUAGAUAUUCUACAUUCGUUUAACACUGAAGUCGGCUCGACUGCUCAGCUCGACUGUGCAUUGUUCCCUUCAGACCAGCGCCGUGUGGCUUAAACCUUCAGGGGAUAUGGCCCAUUUUACCGAAGCUAUGCUCAGCCAGAACAGAACACAAAGUAUAAGUUCAAUGCCAGGGCCCCUACCGUUAGAUCCGUACAUUUCUGAUCAUGCGGUUCUUCGCCUUGAUUACACUCUCAUCACUCGUGGCGGCAAACCCUUUUGGUAAUAGCCGUUCUCACUGUCCACCAUCGACAUGCGAGAUACAAGGCGUUGAGAAGGUCAUUUCGCCGUACUGCACUGAAAGCGAUCCUAUCAGUACGACAUUAGGCGGCUGCAAAGCCCGUUGUGGAAGAGACAGACAAUGCAAAACAUAUGCUAUUGGUGCUGGGACGUGUCGCCUAUACACUAGUUACAUUUCCCAAUCGGCGCGCUCUUCGAAUUCCGGCUCUCUAACGUUCUACGAUCGAUCCUGCAAUUGUCCAUCAAAGUCUGCCUGCAAGUCAAAGACACAAUCCGGUGCUAAGACCGUGUCAUCAUCAACGUUCUCAACUCCAAAUCAACCAACAACAACGAUCAAGACUUCGUCAAUCACCAGCGUGUUUUACUUCUCGACGUCAAAGUCUACAUCGUUGGUAACAACUACCUCUUCAACACACUCAACAGCCUCGCAGACCGUAGCUGUGACUGCCACUACCCCAUCGCUAUCGCCAUCAGCGUCAGUAUCACCGACAGCUCCAGUAUCACCGUCAGCUCCAGUAUCACCGUCAGCUUCAGUAUCGCCUUCCCCGUCUUGUAUUGCUUCCACAAUUGUGCCAACAGGUCAAGUUUGUGGCAUUUCAGGAACAUCCUUACGUCGGACAUGGGGAAGCAGCCCCGCAUACGGUAGUCUGGAAGCCUGUACUCGAUUCUGUCUACAAACAUAUCUGUGCUACAGCUUUCAGCUCACCUCUGACCUUAUCUGCAAGCUCUACAAUACUCCCGCCGCGAACCAUGCCACCUUCCACUCAUGCAGCGACGAGCCGCCAUUCUACGAUAUCUCCUGUUUCCAAGACCCUCAGCCAUCGGAUGAAGGAAGCCCGACGACAAAUACUGAUACAACGAUUCCCACACCUACUACUGAUCCGAAUGCACAAAUCUGCGGGGUGGAGGGCACGGCCUUUCCAGGGCCGAACAAUCAAUAUCUGAUUGACGACCAACCCGCUGAUACCCCAGCAGUAUGUGGCACCCGAUGUGUUGCAGCUUCCAAUUGCCUCACGUACGAGAUGAACAACAUCAAUUCGCACUGUUUGCUGUACAGCGCCACACACGCAGCAGGUGGCUUCGUUCCGGCAGCACGUACGAGUCGUUUCUUUAACGAUCGUAGCUGCGAGGGAUCAUAGAGAUAAUUCAAAUCAUUGACUUUCAAGCUCGUCCUAUCUGGUAUCACUAUAAUAGCUCGUCUCUUACAAAGACUUGACUCCCUAAUGUAUCAAGACCUUAUAACAAUCCUCAAACUGGUAGGGCUGUAACACGAAAAGUUUCACGAAGACAUCGGACUCCCUGGGAGAGUCAGUUGUUCACCUCACACACUACGCUUGCAAUUACUAAUCAAGCUCGAAUUCCACGGCGUGCUAGCCUAUAAUUGAA